AUGGCGGAACUCGCCAAGAGCUACUGGCGCUCAUCGACGCCGUUGACAACUACUAGCCAACUAACACAGCAUCGCCCGUUUACCCCCAGUGUCCCCAUCGACUUUGAUUUCAACUCCCUCUACCGCCUCUUCCUCGGCAACGACCCCGCCCCCACGGCAUCCUCCUCCCCGCCAACGUCCACCGCCUCCCCUGGACCCCCGAGAUCACCCGAGCACUACCGCCUCCUCGGCGCCAACCACUUCGUCACCCUCGAGCGCUGGCCCUCCCCCAUCUUCGGCAUCGCCAGCCGCGGCGCCCACCUGACGGCCUACGUCGGCCGCGGCAGGGACAUGAAGAUCUGGAUCGCCCACCGCAGCAAGCGCAUCUUUACGUACCCCGGGAAACUCGACUCCUCCGUCGCCGGCGGCAUCAAGGCCGACGACACCCCGCGCGAGUGCAUCACCGCCGAGGCCUGGGAGGAGGCCUCGCUCGACCGCGAUUUCGUCCGGGACAACGUCAAGGCCACGGGUAUGGUGUCGUACGUCGGGGAGAAUAAGCGCAACGGCACGAUUCAGCCCGUGGUGCUCUACGUGUACGACCUCGAGAUGCCCGAGGACAUGGAGCUCAAGCCCCAGGAUGACGAGGUUGAGUUUUUCUCGCUCAUGUCGGUCGAUGAGGUGCGCAAUGCCAUGCUCGAAUAUAAGUUCAAGCCCAAUUGCUGCCUUGUCAUGAUUGACUUCUUCGUGCGCCAUGGCAUCAUGACGGACGAGAACGAGGAGGAUUACCUGGAGCUGAUUACUCGGCUGAGGAGGACGCUCCCCGUGCCUCUUUCUCCUAGCAAGCGCGUGGUCGAGUAA